CUAAUUGAUUAAAGAUGGAGGUUUAUGUUUCUGGUUGUGUGUUCUCAUCGCUGGUCUACGAACUAGAGAAUAGCAUAGGAGAUGUCGAGGGGCUCCUAUUGGGCCAAAUUACAAGCCGUAUCACCAACACAAUCACAGAUUCACAAUCCGAAAACUUGACACACGAGCGAGUUGCAACGAUUCAAGGGUUUGUUCCUUUUGGCAAAGUUCACAGUUUUUACACCAAUAGUGGGCACAUAUUAGAGGAAGCUAUUUCAAAGGAACUUAAUGAUAAUGAAAAGAGUGAAAAAGUCAUUGGUUGGUUUUCAUUUCGUCGAAAUACUCAAGGACAGGUGUCUAUGAGGGAAAGAUUUAUCCAUCACAAUCUCAUUGCAAAGCUCAACUAUACCCCUUCCAAAGAAUUCCUCUUAGCAAUCUUCACAUCACACAUGUCCAGGGAUCUGUCCUCACACAAAUUUGACUACUGCUUUUGUUGUUCUGCUGAGAGAGAAGGGUUUUUCGAACCAGUUCAGGUACAGAUAUUAAACCUUGGAGAUACAUCACAUUCUGAGUAUAGACUUAACUGUCACUCUGCCCAAGCCACGUCCAGUCUUUUUCAUGAAGUGAUAGACUCUUACAGAAAUGAGUUUGUUGACAAUAAAGGAUGUAUACAACAGUCCUCCAAUAUGCACGGCAUGUACAUAACUAUGAUGAAAAGGUUGCAGAAUUUAGUUGAAGUUGUAAAAGGUAGUGAAACCACUGUGUCUUCAUUGAAUGAAGAAGUAGAAAAUAGACGAAAGGAACUGGAAGAGUGUCGUAAGGACCUUUCAAGGAAAAAUGCUUCCUACGAAGUGGAUGAAAAACGGCCUCUCCAGCCUAUUUCUCUAUUAAGUGAAUCCAACCAGGAGAAAGAAGAAGCAGAAAGAACUUUUGAAACACAUGGAUCAAAUUUGCCUGGUGAUGAUAACAAAUCUAUAGCUUCUGUUGCAGCUAGUGAUAGUGAAUUGGGAGAGAAAAAUGACCAAGGAAUUUCUGAGGAAAAUACAGAUGCCACUGCAGAAGGAUCACCAAAUGUGAACUCUCCCAGUUUUAACAGAAGGCGGAAACAAAGAACCCCUGCUAGAGUUGUUGUUCGUUAUGUUCAGCCAGUAGUGGCCGACGAUGAUGAUGUCACAGAUGAUGAAACACAGCCAUAUUCUAUAGAGGAUAAAAUUACAGGAAGUGGACCAGACUAUGAAGAAAAACUCUCUCAAAAUCUUGCAAUGGAGACGUCGUCACCAGUUUUCUGACAGCAGGGAAGAUAUUUUAAAGAUUCUUAUGUUGUAUAAACUUUUGAUACAAUAAUACCUUGCAACACAUUUACUGGUCUAAGUUUAUAAUAAUUAUGAAUAGUUAGGCCUUUGUCCAUUAAACAAAUGAAUAUUAUUAUUCUAAAAAUCACAGAGAGAUUGCCACAAACUGUAUUCUUAUGUUUUUUAAGUUGAUAUACAAAGGUAAAACUUGCUUCCUCCUCAUUGCAUGUGUUUCUAUAAAUUGACUUUUUCUUUUAUCAAAAAUUAUGUAGAAGGGAAUCAAGUUUGCUGUGUUAUUGCAGAUUAAUAGGCCAUGAUCAACAACAACACAGUCAAGUGUGUGAUCUCAGACUAAGUGAAUGUGUUUUAUGGAGACAAACUAUUACACUGUAUGUUACACUAAAAUGAGGCUGCUCUAAAAAAUAACAAACUGAUCAAUCAAAAACUGAUGGGAAACCUAGUUGUGAAUGAAUUGAUGGCAUUCAUGUAUGUUGGAAAAGUUAUAAUAUACAAAGAAUAGAUAUUUUGGAUGCUAGCUUAAAACCAUGUGUUGAAAUAGGUUUUGUUGUUCUUAUGUCAGUAACUUUGUUUGAUACUGAUAGGAAUGAGUUUGUAGUGUGGUGUAAGAUUAGCUCAAAAUUUAAGUAGAACUAUGUCAUCCCAAUUCAAUGUUUUCUGUUUAGCUAUUCUUUUGAUUGGUCAGUUUUUGUCCAAUUGGCUUCAGUUAUUAGCAUCAUUGCAGUUGAAAACUUUGCUUAGCAAACUGCAGAUACAGGGGUAGUAAGGGGUUUGUCUACAAAGUUAGAUAGGACACUUUUUGUUAAAUUUCACAAGUCACGUAAUUGUACAAUCUUAUUUUUGCACAUCUCUCUCAAAAUAAGUUUGAAUGAUACUCUUCAUAAUAACUGCAGGUUAAACUAUCCUUCAGUACAACAGUACUGAAAUAAUUAGGACUACAUUUAUUUAGCCAGUUAACACAUUUUUUAUAAGAUAAAAACCAUUAAAGUCCUGGCUUUGUUUAAGGUUCUAGGGAAUCAACCCUCCAGGAAGAAAAUAAUCUCACCUGUGAUCUGUUAGAGAAAACUAUCACUUGCCUGCUUAAGAUUUUUGCAACCAUGAUUAUUACUGACAGUAGUUUUCCAAAUUUUCUACAAAGUUUAUGAAAUUUGUUAAAAGCGCUACAAGCAUGUACUUCACUAAAUAAUAUCAGUGGAUAUUUCAAUCCUAACUGCUUGAGAUUUUAUUUUUCUGUGUUUUGUGCUCAUUGUCACAUUUCAAUACUCAAAACAGUGGGUCAAAUAAAAAUUUGAUCUACAGACAUAAAACAAAACCAACAC